AUGAUCAAUUCUGACGCCCCCGUUUUGUCACGUUUUGGGGCGAGAUGGCCCAGGUGGUUAGAGCGCAGAUUUACUGACCAAAAGGUCCGUGGUUCGAAUCCAACCUCUGCCUCUCGACUUCCCUUGUCUAGGUUUGGGCAACCUGGCAGCAUCCCAGCCCUCGAUAAACGUCUUCUUCAAAAUCUUGUCAAACAUGCCACUACUCAUAACCGGGUUAUCGAGGAAGAGCAUUGCUGGCGCGAAAUACUGCAUCGGCGAAAGGAGGAGAAAGAACGCAAGAGGUCCAAGCAUCACCACGCACGGGAUUCGCUGCCCCCUCCUACUCAACAAGCUCUAGACGCAUAUGAACGCAAACUUAGGCUGGAAGCGAAACGACAGUUGGAAGAGCUGGCUUCUUGUAGGAUUCCCUAUGGUGAUGGACAAAAACUGUUGGAUCGAUGGGGUCAUGACGGAUGGGAGGACUUGAACAAACCAGGUCCUCCGCACCUAUCCGAGUCUUUUACGAAGUCCAGUCGACCACCAGAAGCACCCGCCCCCAGACUACCCAUGCCACGAGUUGUCUAUACAGAACCCGGAAGUCCGGAACCCGGACCUUUGACAAAACCUCGUGAGAAAAAGCGCAGACAUAAGAAGGAAAAAUCGAAGAAAAGCUUGAAGAGGCAUAAGGACCAAAAACGUUCACCAACACCACAUUUAUCCUAUGAGUCUUCAAUAAGUUCUCUUCGUUCUGAUGAGGAAAUUGAGUGGCAGGAAAGAAAAUAGCCUUAAUAGAUCUAAUUAUAUAUCUUCAGGGCUUUCCCACUGUUUUCACUUGACCAUAACACUUGCUUCAACCCUCUCCCCGCCACCCAUCUCCCUAAGGCACGUGUCGGAGGAUAUUUUCGGCACUUUUGUACAUUUUGAGGCGUAUUUGUCCCUGCACUAAAGACUUUUUAC